AUGAUGUUGCAUGAGCAACUGAAGGAUCAAGUUCCUAUCCCUAGGGUUUUUGCCCGGGCUAAGGAUGGGGGGCAGGUGUUUAUAUAUAUGUCGUUGAUUGAGGGUGCAACCCUGCAGGAGAGAUGGAGUGACAUAAAUGAAGAUGAGAGACAGUCUGUCUGUGAGGAACUUAAACACAUGGUAAAGGUUUGGAGAGCUUUGGAGCAAGACAGUCAUGGCCAUUAUAUUGGGAGUCUGGGUACACUACCAUUGAACGUGAUCUUUCUUUCAAGCCAUCCAGAACUCACUGGGCCAUUCCAAGGCGCAAACGCUGUCCAGCAGUUUCAAGACGUGUGUGGAACCAAAAUCUUCCCUUCAAGACUUCCUUGUUGGGCAGGAAAGUCGCGCUCUUUGCAGAACACUCAAGUGCUUAGGGAUAAACUUUUGUGA